AUGCCGAAGCAGCCAGGCUGUGUGAUAACCUUGCAGGGAAAGUUUGCCGUUCCGCGCAACACUGUCCGUAACUUUAAAAAACUACUCCCAGACGAUGCCUACCACGUCGGCGACGCGCUCCGUACCCAGCAGGGGCAGAUUCGAGCCGCGCCCGGUCGCCCCGGGAACGCGGUUUCCUGGCGCGGCGGACUGCCUCCUCUCCUCGGCAGAAGACGCGUCCGUGAGGGCCUCCUGUCUCCUUGCCCGGGAGAAGAGAGAAUUCACAGCAGAGGCUGGGGCGGAAAAGGAGAACUGGCUCUUGUCGAACAGGCCCGAUGGCACGUUGCACGCGCUCUCAAACUCAAUCCAACGAGCUUCUCUUCGUUAUACUCGGCGGCUCUCGCGGACGUUCUCGCGCAUCGUUGGCGGUCCGGGGCGGCCUUAGCAGCCGCUGCGCUAGGCGUCAUGACAGGCCGCGGAGUCCACACGCGGGCCCCCGUGUCGCCUUCAUUUCGUCGCCCGAUGCACCGGCAAGUGGCGUCGCCGACGUCGUCUCCCGUUGCUUCUUCCGCGGCGCCUGCUGGGCCUUCCGUUCGCGGCGUGUCGUUGCGGGCGCCGACGAGGCCGUCGGUGGCGGCGGCUUCCUUCCCUGCGUGCGCUGUGCUGCGAGCUGCGAUCGAACGGACAGCGCGGCGGCGCAGUUGUUUUCCCAGCGUCCCGGCUCAGGCUGCGCCCGCCGCGCUCGGGCACUCAGGGCACCUGCCGGUCUGCGUCAGCGGCGUCCACGAAGUUGUGGAGAAAGACGCGAUGUGGGGUCACUUGGCCCUGGCUGAAACGCAGGGCGGCGGAAACCACAGCCGGCAAGGGACCGACGGGGCGACGACUGUGCCUCCGGUCUCUCAGGCGCCAUUGUUGGGGCCUUCCGCUUUCGCGCACUGGCGCUUUCGUCGGCGGGUUUCCAAACGUUCGCCGAGCGUUUCCGGUGCACGAGCCCUGCUCGCCUUGCUGGAGGGCUUCGACAGGCAGAGAGAAACGAAGAAGCAGACUGCCUGUGAGCUUCCCAACCUACGACAAUCGCCUUCUCGGUGCCAAGUGUACGCGGAGCUUAAGCUGCUGCACGUGCGGUGCUGUCUGCUUUCGGGGCGACCUGUCGAGUGUCUCCGCAGUUUGUGCGGGCUUCUGGACACGGCCAGCGCAGCGCAGACGGCGGGCGCUGCGGGUCCGUCCGCCCGCGUUGACUGGCGAACGGUCGUGGAAGAGGGACUGCUUCUGGGUGCGCAGAGCGUCUGCGAAUUGCUGUCGGAGACCGCCAGAAGACUUCAAACACGUGCAGCAGGCGAGGCGGGAAACAACAGCCCCUUCUUCGCAAUGGACUGGCCGCUGCUGGAGAAGAUCCAAGAAAACCUUGGCGUGUGCGAACGAUCGAGCGAGGCAGACGUGGCCAGGAUGCACGCGGCGCCAUCGACAGACCAUGACUCGACAGACGAGGCGCGCGCCAGCCCCGAGGUUGUCUCCCGCUCGCCUUUGUCUCCAAACGUACCUUCUGCAGUGCCUUCGUCUUCGUCCUCUCGUGCGUCUUCGACAGCUCACUGCGAGACGCGUGCCGUGACCUGGGCAGACUCAGCGACUGUGGCGGACGCAGUGGCCGUCGUGGCUUUCAAUCUCCCAAGGACGGCGCCGGGGGCCCCGCUCGACGACGCCGAUCUAGAACGACUGCGGCAGCUCUCGGCCUGGAGUUCCCUGGCGUUCAAGGCUUGCUUCCAGGGCGCUUUCAAGCGCGGCGACGUCGAUCGAAUGGCCGCUGCGGCCGCGUGGAGGGCGCGGGGCUUCCUCCAGUUGAGACAGUGGGACGACGCUGUCCGCGAGGCCACCCAGGCAUUGGCGAUCGAUAUCUGGACUCCAGCGGAGGUCUUUGCUUCGCCGCCGCCGGGGUUCCUCUCUUCGCCCUCGCCGGAAGGUCAAUCUCACCCCAACUCCGGAUCUCAUGCCGGACUUCCGCUACUUUCUCUCUUCAGCCCUCUGCACAUUCGGGCUGCCGCGCACGCCCUCGCGGGUCGUGGGAAAGAGGCCGCAGCGGACUUCGCGUUGUCGCGGUGUCUCAUGAGGUUACCUGGUCUGGAGGCGCGCCCGUCAGGGCGCUCUCGAGGCCUUGGCAACAGGACCAGCCUGGACGACAGGCAUGAGAAAGCCGCGAACUGCCGCCUCGCAAAGAUUUUCGCAGAACCGCACAAGGCGGCCGACGACGAGCCGCUGGACGCAGAGGCAGGCAGAGAAGUGGGGGCGGUGGCGUGCAAAUCCAGGCACGAGGCUGACACAGGGGCGUCGCAGGACGAGCGUGGAAGCCGUGAAUCGGGUGCCUGCAAGAAUCAAGUGCGCACGCGUCUUCUUAAUCCGCGCGAACCGGCUGUAAGGUGGGACCGGACACCGCUAGAGAAAGCAAGGCUGAAGAGCCGGGCGGAGAACCCAAGCCGUGUGUUCUUCGGCUUCUGA